CAAUUCAAGUGAUACUAAUUUUGUUUUUAGCCUUGAGAUGAUUUCAUGGAAUUGAAAUGGGAUGCAAUUUUAGGGCUACACAUGAAGAAAAACCAGUUUUCUUUAGACAAUGACGAGAAUGGCGCCUUAUUUAGGGCUAAAGUCUGCUUUUCCAGACAUUGAAAACCAUUUCAAUUUCUCGCUUAGUCUGAAAACCAUCUUCUUUAGACAACGCGGCGAGAAUGGCGCUGCGUCUCUUCUCUUCUCUUGCUUGGGGGGCAAAGAGUCUUCUUCCUCCGCAGCAGCAAAGCACAGCAGCUCUGACGAGAAUGCGACGGCGGAGGAGCAGAGGAGGGGUGGACCGGUGGUGGAUCGGAGCUCUUAUCAUCGCCUGAGCCGGAGCUGCUCUUCCACCUAGAAGUGCCGCCGUGGGUUCUAGCAGAUUUGAUUAUCUACUUGCGGUGUGUAAGCGGGAGAGAUUACUACUUGAGAAAGAGGAACAGAAGGAUAAGCAACAAAAGAAAGGAGGAUGCUACAAUGAUGAUGAUGAUGAUGAUCAGUACUAUUUAGGUGGGGUUGAUCUCAAUCAGAGUUUGAUCACGCCUUCAGUGCCUGAUAAGGAGGAAUGGAGGAAAAAGCUGAUGGGUUCAUUUUAUGGCUGCUUAUCUUGGCAGAAUAAUGUUGUGAAGUCAGUGGUGCAAAGUACAGCACCAAGCAACACCCCCGAAUCUGUUAUUUCACAUUCCAGUGGCAGUGAUGAUGACAGAGCUUCUUUAAAGUAUGAUGAGGCUGUGGCAGAGAAGGUCAAUAAUUCCAAGAAGCGAAAGAGGGGAAGUAGUAGGAUGCCUAACAACGGUCCAGAACCACCACCAGGACUACCAGUUGAAUUCAGAAAUUUCAUUCUCCAAUUGGCUGGUAAUCGGGCAGUAUGUGUUGAGAAAUUGGUGAUUCAAAAGAAGCUUACCAACACAGAUGUAAAAAGCACCCAGAAUAGGCUGUCAAUCCCAGCAAGGCUUGUGAGAGAGGAGUUCCUUACGGAAGAAGAGCAUCUUCUACUUUGUCAGCACAAUGGGAAGAAUGUGUGUUCUAUAGAAGUUCCAUUGAUCACACCAAUGAUGGAAGUGGCAAAGGGGAGCUUGAGGAGGUGGGAGAUGAAGAAAGAAAGAGGACAUUCCAGUGUGUCUUAUGUCAUAGCUAACACUUGGAAUGAAAUCAGAAGACGGAAUAAAUUUGAAAGCAAGAUGAUAGUUCAAUUGUGGGCUAUUCGGGUUGAUGUAGACUUGUGGAUGGCUCUAGUUAGGCUGUCUUGAUCUUUUAAUCAACUUACCACUUCAGUUUAGGGGAUACAAAUAUGCUCUUUGUAUAUGCUUUUUUUGUGUUUUUGAAAUUAAUUCAAAGAGUUUUGAAUUUUGAUAUGAAUUUCUAUCAAAUACUGUUCAAUUCAUUUUGAAUGAGAGUAGGGGUUAUUUUGUUA